CUACCACACUGUGCCCUGCUGGUUAGCUGCAUAGUAGCGAAAAGGCAGUGUUGUAUUAACGAUGAGUUUAAAUUCACGUGUUGUUUUUGAUUUGGUGUAGUUUGUUUUGCACAAGAAUUGACCCUUAACCUUUGACAGCGCGCUGUCUGUGCCGUGGGAUUUAGUGAGUGGCACCGUAGAACCCCGUGUUAUGUUAGCAACAUCGGCUAAUAAUGCUAAACACAAUCUACAUUAGCCUCCAGCUAACUAGUUAGCCGGUGUGCUAACCAACAACGUCAGCGAAACAUAAGGUGUACAAUGACUUUAGACAACAAAAUUAAAUAUUCGUGAUACGAAUUAGUAUCCAUAUGUUCUGUUUAUUAAGUUAACUCAUUUGUAUAUAGCGAAUGUUGUUGCUAACUUAAAAAAUAUAAACAUGCCAAUUUGAGGCGCCGGUUAGGGAUGGGCCUUAUGUUACAUAACGGAAAUAGGAGAUUAGCAACUAGGCUAACAUUAGCCAUGUAGAGUUGCAAUGUGACUUAAAAAAUGCAACGCUCCGUAGUCUGCUUAGAACUUGCAUCCGCAUUCUUAUAACACAAGGCUGCCAGAAUAGCACCGGGGAGCAGUUGUUUUGAUCAGCUGGUGGCUUGAGCUAGUUUCUCGUAAUUUAGCUCGUACUUUCUGCAGCCUGCUUGCUGGAAGGAGGGGCGUCGCACAGACCCUGGCUAGCCUGCUUUUAGCCUAGCCAGCUAAAUUAGGGUUAGCACCUUUCUCCCUAUGCGGGUUGGCGGCGGAUUCUGAGAAAUUUCCUCCUGUGCUCUUGGGAGUUGAGACUCCGUGCACGGUGCCCUUAUGCCGGAGCUCCGCAGACAGGUGACAAUGAAGAGAAGCAGACACCCCAGCAGCAGCGAUGACUCGGACAAUGGAAGAAAGAAGAUAAGAAAGAGAAACAAGUGCAGUAGAUGGACAAACAUAAAGGAAAAGCAAAAGAAGUCCUGUAGUCCGAGAAACAGGAGACAGAGUAGGGACAGGAGGCAUGUUUGGACCUUUAAAGACAUCCUGGCAGGUAAUUCCACCUGCUGGUCCCAGCAUUCAUCGCAGCACAGGAGGUGGACUGGGCAGAAACCCUCUGAGGUUUUCAGGACGGACCUGAUCACGGCCAUGAAAGUGCACGACUCGUAUCAGCUGAACACCGAGGACUACUACGUCCUAGCUGACCCAUGGAGGCAGGAGUGGGAGAAGGGCGUCCAGGUCCCCGUCAGCCCCCACUCCAUCCCACAGCCUGUUGUGAGGGUGCUGUCCGAGAAAGGAAAGGAGACGAUGUUUGGUAGGCCAAAGAAGUUGAUCCGGACAUCAGGCACAGAAGCGCUCGGCUACGUGGACAUCCGCACGCUGGCGGAGGGGAUGUGUCGCUACGACCUGAACGAGGAAGACGUGGCCUGGCUGCAGGUCAUAAAUGAAGAGUUUACAGAGAUGGCUAUUCCGCCACUGGAUGAAAUCACCAUGGAGCGUGUGAUGGAAGAGUUUGAGCGCUGCUGCCACGAAAACAUGACGCACGCCAUGGAGACCGAGGAGGGGUUAGGCAUCGAGUAUGACGAGGAUGUGGUGUGCGAUGUUUGCCAGUCACCUGACGGGGAGGACAACAACGAGAUGGUGUUCUGUGACAAGUGCAACAUCUGCGUUCACCAGGCGUGUUACGGCAUCCAGAAAGUCCCUAAGGGCAGCUGGUUGUGUCGGAUCUGUGCCCUCGGCAUCCUGCCAAAGUGCCAGUUGUGUCCCAAAAAGGGCGGAGCCAUGAAGCCCACCCGAAGUGGAACUAAGUGGGUCCACGUCAGCUGUGCCUUGUGGAUUCCAGAGGUGAGCAUUGGGAAUCCAGAGAAGAUGGAGCCGAUCACCAAUGUGUCCCAUAUUCCCAGCAACAGAUGGGCUCUGAUCUGCUGCCUCUGCAAAGAGAAGACUGGCGCAUGCAUUCAGUGUUCAGCAAAAAAUUGCCGGACUUCCUUCCACGUGACGUGCGGCCUCCACGCCAACCUUGAAAUGAACACUAUCCUCACAGAUGACGAUGAGGUCAAGUUCAAGUCUUACUGCCCCAAACAUUCUGGGCUUGAGGGUGACGAGUCCAGGGACCGCGACUCGGGUGACGAGGAGAAGGAGAGUGCCAGAGACAAGAAGGGCAGGAGGAGAGUGAAGGUGUUAGAGGAGGAAGAUGCUGCCUCCCCCUCUUCAUCUUCCUGUGUGGCCCCUCAGCUCAUCGAUAGAGCACUGACCAACCCAGAGGCACUCAGCAAAGAAGAGAAGAGAGUCAACCUCCGCAAACUGAAGCUGCAAGAGAUGGAGGAAGAGUUCUACCAGUUUGUAGACGUGGAGGAGGUAACUAGUAACUUGAAGCUGGUGCCUGAGGUGGUGGACUUUCUCUAUCAGUACUGGAAACUGAAACGCAAAGCCAACUUCAACCAGCCGCUUCUCACGCCCAAAAAAGACGAAGAGGAGAGCCUGGCACGGCGCGAGCAAGAGGUGCUGCUGCGCCGCCUGCAGCUCUUCACACACCUCCGACAAGAUCUGGAGCGGGUUCGUAACCUGACCUACAUGGUGACUCGGAGAGAGAAGAUGAAGCGGUCGUUGUGGAAAGUCCAGGAGCAGAUCUUCCAGCACCAGGUCCGAUUGCUUGACCACGAGCUGCUCAGCGGCGAUCCUUCAGCAAAGGAUCUGGAAAAGCUGUUCUCUCUGGGCUGGUUAUCGUCUCAGGGCUCCCAGUCUAGCUCCUCCUGGAGCCCCUCUGGACUGAAGACCAAACGAAAGGAAAAAAGGAAAAGCAGCGAGAGAAAAAGCCUGCCCAACUCACCGCACACUCAAAAGAAAGACAAUCUGAGCAAGGCAUCGGAGACGAAGGAUAGCAAAAGUUCCCAGAUCAAAGAGGCCGCAGCCAUGGAGGCCAGAAUCCAACACAUCAGUCAGGAGACACAGUUUAAAAAACUCCCAAAGCCAGAGGUCAUUCAGGAACCAGCCGUCGGCAAACUGCCCAAGCAUGAGAGCCGGAAAGGCCCGAGAAGGGAGGCUGCGGAGCCCGAACUGGAAGCGAGACGAAAACGGGAUAUUGAGCAUGAGCAGGAGGAGAGGAGGAGGAAAAAGGGGAAUGAUUCCACAGAAAGCUUCACCAGCCAGGGGAAGAACAGGUUUGGGUCAAAGCAUCUGGAGAAAACGGUGUCCAUCAGACUGGUAGACAUCAGAAACUCUGACUCAGACAACUACUUCAUAGAUGAAGGGAUCAAAAGAAGCCCGGUCUCUCCGGAUGUGACGAGCAACACUAAAUGUAACAAAGCCAGCACGGUGUCAGACACCGCUCCCAGCGCCAAGACCAACGGCUGGCUGAGGAGAGCCUCGGCCGACAGCUCCCACGCAUCUAACGGGCCCGAGGCUGCACAGCUGAGAAGCUGGGGGAAGUUCAGGAUCCCAAAGAGGAGCGAGAAACCCGCAAGUAUAACGGAGCAAAAGCAGGCGGAGCUACACAAGCCCCUGCUCAGGCCACUGACCAACACGCCCAAGCCGUCGUACCCCAGGACCCGACUGCGCACGGGGACGGAAAACGAGGACUACACGUCUGACUCCAAGGCGGGCGACGGCGAGCUGGAGCCCUGCCUGAAACGAUGCCACUCACACCAGCUGAGAGGCGACUCGUCACUCAGCCGCCGCUACGUCUCUGACAUCAUUCGCCGGGGCGUCCUGGCGUCCUGAUGACGGAACAACUCUUAGAAAUUAAGCUGCACUGUGUUGUUCGGAGAAGAACGACAGCCGCUCUUUGUACCUUUAUUUUUCUCUAAAUCCUAAACAAAACACAAAAGGCUAGAGUAAAAACAGAGCUGAUAUUUAUUUUUUAUUUGUAACAUAUGUAAAACUGGGAAAUAUUUUAUUUUAUUUUGUGCUAGUUCUUUUUUUUUUCCUUUCCUCAGAAUAGAAAGAUGUCAAGUUGCCACUUAAUCGCUCGCUCAGAUAUAAACAAGCAAUAGCAUCAAAGUUGGGAUUGUUGCUUGGGACCAUAAGCUUGCUAUGUCUUUUCUUUUCGUCUCUAGUAUUAAACUCGGCCAUGAGUCAGUUGCACUUAGUGGAAGAAUCAGAAGCAGGUAAUCCUCAGUCAUACUGUCAGUGAUCAGGACUGCGUAGGUCUUCUUUUUAAUUAAUCCGGCUUCAUCGGACCUCGACCGCUUCAAAGAGGAGGUCAAACUGCCCUUUUAACGCUGUUUAAACGGAGUACUUCUUCAGUCUGUGGUUGUCCUACGCGAUGACGCCGGGUGGGGGUGGGUUGGCAGGCAAACUGAAACAGGAAUUCAGAAUGAUGUUUUACUCGUCAUCAGCACUUAAGUGUAAUUUGAACUGCGAUCGUAUCCAUCAUGUGCCUAACUUUUAUUUGAAGCGUUUGCACUACGAGAGGACGGCACAGGUGUGAGUAGAGUUAUUUUUACACUGAAUAAUUAAAACAAACAAAAAAAGAAAGCGUUUUGUACCCUUGGCCGCUGCUGUACUACUGUUAUGCAAAAUAUUAUUUUUUUGUUGUUGUCUUAAAGAGGAAUAAAAACUCUGCUGGACUGAAAAA